AUGCCCAAGUAUGUAAGGCCUGAGAAGCCUAACCGUGUGUUUGUUGAGGGGAUGGGAAUAUGGGAUGGGACGAUCCCAAUUGGAGAGGUGUUUGAUGCGAGACGAGCUGGGUCGGGUCCGUCCCCGAUAGGGAAUAUUCGCCAGAUUCGAGGUCACGCCCGUCCGUUGAAAUCGAGGGGACGGGGGUCGUCCCGAUUCACGCCGUCUUCGUCCGAUUUAACGCGCGUGAGUGGAGAGGACGCUGGAGCUUCGGUGCGGGAUGGCAGAGCGACGGCGGCACCUUCCCCAUCGACCUCGCAGUGGCAGCGUCUCCUCCCGUGCCGAGCCCGCGGCGACGGCUCCUCCUACGCCGAGAUCUCGACGGACGCCGGCGGCGGCUCGCGCACUGAGCUCGCGGUGGUGAGCUACGGUGCGUGGACCUUUGGCGCAGCGAUGACUUCGGACCGCGGGGCGUGGGGACGCGGUGGCGGCACGGCAAUUCCUCCCCUUGCGGGAGCCGGAGGUCGUGGCGGCACGGCGCAUCCUUCCCUCGCGGCGCUUCUCUCGCGAACGCACACCAGAGAGGACGAGAGGAGUCUCAGAUGA